AGGAAAAUUGGAAGACGACGACUCGAUUCAAUUUUCUUCUGGCCCUAGCGCCAUUGGCCAAUAGGAUUGACUUCACGGAGCUGCUUUUCUCCCAUCACUGCCGGCGAGAAGCAGCUCCGGCGAGAAUUUACAGGUAGAUUCUCCGCAACUGCGUCGUAUGAGAUGGCGGGAAUUGUUGUUGUUUUCGAUUUCGAUCGGACUCUGAUCGAUGGAGACAGCGACAACUGGGUGGUCACGGAGAUGGGUCUCACCGAGCUCUUCCAUCAGCUCCGCUUAACCUUGCCCUGGAACCGUCUCAUGGAUAGGAUGAUGAUGGAAUUGCAUUCACGAGGGAGAUCGGUUAAGGACAUUGAAGCUUGCUUGAAGAAGAUGCCGAUCGAUCCACAUGUUGUUUCAGCUAUAAAAUCGGCCAAGUCUUUAGGAUGCGAUUUGAAGAUUGUGAGUGAUGCAAAUCAAUUUUUCAUCGAGAAGAUCCUGGAACAGCAUAGUUUGUUGGAUUACUUCUCAGAAAUUUACACAAACCAAACCUCUGUGGAUGAAAAUGGAAGGCUUCGGAUCUUCCCUUACCAUCAUGCUGCUCCUCCUCAUGGAUGCGAUCUUUGCCCGUCAAAUCUUUGCAAGGGUCUAGUGCUCGAUCAUUUGCGUGCUUCCUUUCCUGAUACCGGAAACCUGACAAGGUUUAUAUACCUUGGAGAUGGAGGAGGUGAUUUCUGUCCGACAUUGAAGCUGAUAGAAGGAGAUCAUGUGAUGCCGAGGAAGAGCUAUCCAUUGUGGAACAGGGUUUCAGACCUUAGGAUCAGAGCUGCAAUCAAUGGAUGGAGGGACGGAGAGGAACUCGAGGGAAUCCUACUGCAUCUUAUCCAUACCAUGUCGGAGUUACAGCAGUGACAAAUUGUCCGUUGGAGAGUGGAAGUGGAAAGGAAGAUGACUUCUUUUUAAAGGAGAGCUUGUCUCUGGUUUUGAGGUGAAGAAACUUUUUUUUUUAAAGAUCUUAUUGAAAAAUAUCCAACUUUUUCUUAAGGUUUAUUUAUAUAUCACUGGGUAAUAAUUUCAAGCGCUAUAACAAAAAUUUUUAUACAUUAA